AAUGUAAUUUAGAAGUGAAAAAAAAAAGCGCAAAACUGCGCACUCAAUAGGUUUCAUUGGCUUAUUGAAGGGGCGAUGAUCAAGACGACGUUCUCAUCGCCCCCUUCUUCUCUUCUUCUCUUCCCUCCUCGUCGGAGACUCGCCGGAAAUUUCCCCACCGUUUCCUUAUCUUCCCCGGCUUUCAGACGAAGUGUUGUAACGAUGUCUGUUAGUGAGGCCGCAAUUCAUGGCUCUUCGGUUGGAUCCAUGGCGGUAAAGCCGCCGUCUCAUCCCACCUACGACAUCAAGACCGUGAUCAAACUCGCCCUUGCUGAGGAUGCGGGCGACCGAGGGGAUGUUACUUGUUUGGCCACUGUUCCAUCUGAUAUGGAGGUAGAAGCUUACUUUAUUGCAAAAGAAGAUGGUGUCAUUGCAGGGAUUGCUCUUGCAGAAAUGAUUUUCAGCGAGGUGGAUCCUUUGAUUAAGGUUGAAUGGUCAAACAAAGAUGGAGAUUAUGUUCACAAAGGCACGCAGUUUGGCAAGGUGCAUGGACGUGCACACAAUAUUGUUGUGGCUGAAAGGGUUGUGCUCAAUUUUAUGCAAAGAAUGAGUGGAAUAGCAACACUAACUAAGUCUAUGGCUGAUGCUGCACGUCCUGCAUUCAUUUUAGAGACAAGAAAAACUGCUCCAGGUUUACGUUUGAUGGAUAAGUGGGCGGUGCUUAUUGGUGGAGGAAAGAACCAUAGAAUGGGUCUCUUUGAUAUGGUGAUGAUAAAAGAUAAUCAUAUUUCAAUAGCUGGUGGUGUUACAAAUGCUAUCAAGUCAGUGGACCAUUUUUUGGAGCAAAACAACCUUGAAAUGGCUGUUGAGGUUGAGACAAGAACCCUAGAAGAAGUGAAGGAGGUAUUGCAAUAUACAAACCAAUAUAAAACCUCAUUGACUCGGAUAAUGUUGGAUAAUAUGGUUGUGCCUUUGCCUGAUGGUGGUGUUGAUGUUUCGAUGCUUAAAGAAGCAGUUGAGUUGAUAAAUGGUACAUUCGAGACUGAGGCAUCUGGAAAUGUUACCCUUGAGACAGUGAAAAAGAUUGGUGAAACUGGAGUAACCUAUAUUUCUAGUGGGGCGCUGACACAUUCAGUGAAGGCUAUUGACAUUUCACUCAAGAUCGACACGGAGCUCGCUCUUCUGGUCGGAAGGCGGACAAACAGAGCAUAACCAGGAAUUCAGCUGCUGAAACUGGCAUCACUCUAUGUAGUACUCUAAUGUUGAAACGAUUCAAGGAUUAACUGUUGUUUUCUUCUUGAUUUUACAUGUAAUGGUGUUUGACCAGGAAUACAUGAAUAACAUUCUGAUUGCUGAGGUCAUAGACCCUCAUCAGAAUUAAAGAAUAUAUAAUAAUAUUGGAAAAAUUCGGGUGUUUGGU